AUGGCUGACAAACUCCGCACGAUGCAAAACCUGGAGGCCAUGCAAGCCCGCUACGUCGGCACUGGCCACGCCGACACCACCAAGUACGACUGGACCUCCAACAUCGUGCGCGACAGCUACGCAUCGUACAUCGGGCACCCGCCGAUGCUGUCAUAUAUGGCUGUGGGAAUGGGCGAGUCGAAGGAGAAGGUGCGCGCGCAAAUGAUUGAGAAGAUGGUUAGGGGGGCUGGGAAUCCGCCGGAGACGCAGGAAUAA